AUGUCGACGAAAAAUUGUGGGCACGUGACGAUCUAUUUUCCUCGCGUCCACUACAAAAUGGACGCCGCAGUUGAGUCCAUGGAUGUCGAUUCUACGCGUCCGAAUGCCCCGAUCUCCCCGGACGCGAAGGAAGCAGGGACGAGCUCUUCGUCUAGAGAGAUACCUCCUACUCCUUCUCCAGCGACACCCUCUGGCCCCCAGUACAAACUCGCGUUCAGUCUCAGUGGCCAUACCAAGUCUAUAUCUUCCCUGAAGUUUAGCCCAGAUGGGAGUAAGCUCGCCUCGUCAGGCGCGGACAAGGUCAUCAAAGUCUGGGACGCGUACUCCGGUGGUGUUUUGCGCACACUAGUGGGCCACACUGAAGGCGUAUCUGAUAUUUCUUGGUCGGUUGACGGCGAUUAUCUGGCCUCUGCAUCAGACGACAAAACGAUACGCGUGUGGGACAUGAAAGUGGGAACUGAGAUCAAGACGCUUCUGGGACAUACCAACUUCGUCUUCUGCGUGAACUACAAUCCGGCAUCUAAUCUCUUGGUCUCAGGAGGAUUCGAUGAGACAGUGAGGAUCUGGGAUAUCGCAAGAGGCAUUUGCUGCUUUAAUCACGACGGAACGCUUAUUGUAUCAUGUGCCAUGGAUGGGCUAAUACGCAUCUGGGACGCUGAAUCCGGGCAAUGCUUGAAGACGUUGGUUGAUGACGACAAUCCGAUCUGCUCUCAUGUGCUGUUCACGCCGAAUUCAAAGUUUGUUCUGGCCUCGACGCAAGACUCGACGAUCCGGCUGUGGAGUUAUCACGCCUCUCGCUGUGUCAAGACGUACACCGGCCAUACCAACAGAACGUAUUGUAUAUUUGCGUGUUUCACGAACACUGCCACGAAACAUGUCGCGCACCCGACCAAGGCCAUUAUCGCAUCCGCAGCGAUGGAGAAGGAUUUGAGCAUCCGACUUUGGUUUGACCGCAGCGACCCAAGCAUGACAGAUAGCCCCGAGACUGCGGUUGCCGAUGCAUAA